GGCUGACUUGACAAUACGCAGCCAAUCCUACACGUAGGCUGCGGCUGCCUUUGUUGCUCACCUGUCAGUUGCUAUUUUAGAGCAACUGCCAGGAAGGGAUACCUAAGAAGCACACACAAGCUGUUUCAAUGACUGAGUAAACCCGAGAGAGCUGAAGGGAUCAAGUGAGAAAGUGAGUGCAUGUGAAUAACUUGGAACUGUUCAUUUCCCAUCAUGAGUCUCAAAAGCAGGAGAUACUCUCUGGACAGCUCUGUCUCUCUGGACGGAGCCAAGAAAGGAGGCAACAGGUUCGGCAGCAAGAAAUCCAGACACAGCCUGAGUCUGGACGACGCCCGGCAGGAGAUCCAGGAGCUCAACCACAGCCUCAACUCCAACAUGUCUGCAAGGGAAAAGACCAUACCGGAGGAGACCCACGAGCUCUCCCAUGAGCUUCUGAAUCAUAGCUUGCCGAAGCACAAUAAAAGCUUCCACAAGCUGUUCCACGAGAUCCCCGAGUGGGAGAACCUGACACAGAUGUUCAUCUGUGCCUUGCAGAAGGAGGUGCUCUAUCACGGAAAACUCUUUGUUUCUGAGAACUAUGUGUGUUUCUACUCAUCCGUGCUGCUCAAAGACACUAAGGUGGUGAUUCCUACAUCCAGUAUCAGGGAGGUGAAGAAACAUAACCCAGCGUUGUCAAUGUUGUCUAUCCACACUGCUGAUGGAGAGAAGUAUUCAUUUGUGUCGCUGAGGAACCGCGAGAUGUGCUACAAACUCCUGCAGAGUGAGACAGAGAGUCCAGGCAUCAGCCCUCAUCUCUCCUCUGCAGACAAUGAAGCUGAUCAGGAUUUGGUCUCCAGUUAUUCCAGUUUGGAGGACAGCGUGGAUCACGAUCUGAGCAGACAAAACAGCGUUGAUCUUGACACUGGCUUCCCUCACGUAUCCAGUGAAGCUCCCACCAGAUGCAGGUCCACAGGUGUGUUGUCUGUGUCGUGGAUCUGGAGGGUCGUGGAGAAGGUUGCCCUGUUCGUCUUCCACGGAGAGUUAAGGAAUCUCGGCGUUCUCUUCUACAUCUACCUCGUGUUGAUCGUGCUGCUGCUGUUGGUGUCUGGGUACAUCGGGCUGCGGAUCAUAGCACUGGAGGAGCAGCUGAACUCUUUGGGGGCCCUGACUGAGUUGUCUUUGGGCCACAGAGAAGUUACACCCACCAACACCGUACAGGAGGCAAGAAGGCUCUGUAGGUUCACCAUGACCACAUGCAACUUCAUAUACCAAGAAACGUAGCCCGGGGCAGAGGAUUGUGUUAAAAAGUUGCUUCUCGGAAAUCAUGCAGUGUGCCUCUCCAGUGAGAUCCCACCCUGAGCCCCGUCUAGACAGACUACCCAUAAGCGUCUGGACACUGAGACUCGAUCCAUUCAGUACAUCUUGUACAGAAAUGUACACAAUUUCACACAAUGUUAGUUCCCCUCACAGUAGAUAUUUUAACUCCUGUACCACCACCACGUCACGCAGAAAAGCACCAGGACAAUCCUUUUUUCAGGUGCGCACUGAUUCUCAGCUGACAAAUGAAAAACAGAAGCUUUCCACCCUGAACCAUAUGGAUCCCUCCUGCUGAAGCCAUGUUUUAUUUCCUGACCAGUGAACAGCUGAGCUCAGCUUGCAGAGGCCGCUGGAGUCUUUGACCGUCAUGUUCUCGGAUCGACAGUGACGACACACCAGAGUCUCUCCUAACAAGAAGACGAAACAAGAAGCACUUUGUUUGUUCUUUGUCGAUUUUAAAUUCCUUGUAGAUUUAGAGUUUGUAUCUUUACACUUUGUAAUGUAACUGCUGGAGUCCAUUGUUGAGAGUGACUGUUAAUGACAGCGAUCAGCCAGCAGAGGGCGGUCACUUCCAUUACACGUGAUUGAUGCAUGAGAUACAAAGACAGGAUUUCGUUUGCACUUGAGGCUCAGGCACUAAAAUGUCUGUUAAAUGUUAUAAACGUUUGACAUCCUUGUUAUUAACUAAUUGAGAAUGCCUUUGUGUACAUGAAUGUCAAAAUACCCGAACAUAUGUUAAUUAUCUAUGAUUGUGUCAGCUGUAAUAUAUAUAUAUAUAUAUAUAUAUAUAUAUAUAUAUAUAUAUAUAUAUAUAUAUAUAUAUAUAUAUAUAUAUAUAUAUAUAUAUAAAAAUUGAAACAAAAUACACAGGUAAUGUUUAAACUGAUUGGUCAUUAUUGUUGUUGUUCUUUUAACGUUCCCAGGUCUGAAAAACUAAACUUUCUACGACUGUACGCACCUUCUACAGUGCCUGCUUUGCCUCUAGCCAGUAGAAAGAGAAAUUGUAUGAUUUCAUCUAUUAUCAAAAACUACUAACGCUAAAUAUUUUUCAUUAUGUACAUAAACAGAUUGCAGUUUUAUCUUAUCGAUUAAAAGAUCUUGCAGUCUCA